GAAUUCCUGUUUUGCGUUUUGUUGUUUUGUUUCCAAGGAAACGUUUGUAGUGUGCGCCACUGCCCUAUAACGCUAAAUGACAAUAAGUUCCGAAAUCGAUGUUUGCCGUAAACCUACCUUCAUUAAACAUUUUAGGUAAAAUCGUAAUAUAAUUUUUAAACCAUUUGUGGAAAUAAAUCACUUGAUUUUUGUUAGGAAAAAAUAAGUACGCCUAAGUGGAAACUUGAUUGACAAAAUGACGUCCGGCGAAUCCAGCACUCUUAAGUCAAAGAAUUGUCCGAGUCAGUACAUAGCUACGCAAUUGCAAUUUAACGCAAACGAGUACCGACCCGAUGAAUCCUGCUCUAAAACCGCGGCUACCCGGUUUAGUGCCUGGACACCUGUAACAAACAAAGCGUCCAACCAGCAGCUUUUUCAGGAUAGAACAACUCUUAUUCUCCACUGGUUCGACCUAUGGACGGACCAGCAACGCAAACACUUUCUUCAUCUGGUUUUAAGAAGAUGCUCCAAGUCACAAAUCAAAUUCAUCAGUGCCUAUUUUAUGGAAACAGUCCCUGUCUCCCGGGUGGACUUUACCACUGUACUGCCACGCUUCCUCUCUCUGUACAUCCUGUCCUUCCUGAGUCCGAUGGAUCUGUGUGCUGCAGCCCAGGUCUCCUGGUACUGGAGGUUCCUAUCAGAGCAGGAUUGCUUGUGGUCUCUAAAGUGUGUUCGACGAGGCUGGUUCCUUCCACAUAGCCCAGCAAACAAUGAGUUUGGGGCCUGGAAGAAACAUUACAUAGCCUGUGCUGCUAGCCUGGAUUUUCUGUCUCCACGGGAAGCAGCAGGCAUUUAUGGUACUAUGAAUGAGGCUUUGACUGAGCCAGAGGAGCAGGAAGAGAGACGCACAGAACAUAUGAUUAGAAACACAAUCCGCAAGAAGCUAGCACAACAUAAAGGGACAGCUCUGAAGACCAGGACUGCAUGGCUAACUAACUCCUUAUCAGGAGGAACGUAUACUAGCAGUAUCAAACAGAAGUCCAGCAUGCAGCCUUGGAGUCUGACCACUGCUCUGGUCCAACUUGGGGAUAAAUGUCGACAUGACACUUUGCCCAGCAGUAACAUGCACAGAGCUGAACUGAAUUCCACUCUAAAUUCAACCUGUCAGAAUACAAUGGCUUCCAGCUCAGUGGAAAGGUUACCAAUAAGUUUUCACUCAAAAUUAACAGUCAAGUGCCACACUCAAUCCCCAGUUCGCGUGUUACUUGUGUCUUCUAGACUUCCUGCAUAUGAGCUGGUGCUGUGUGGCACUCGGGCCUGUGUGGUACCUCUGUUGUUUGACUACAGCGGAAUGACCUUGGAGGCUCUUCUCUCUCUGGUUCAGAGUGCUGUCCAGGGCAGGCCAAUCCAGAGUGUUGGCAUAAUGGCUGAUGGAAGUACUGAGGAGAUCUACUUUAUAGAGGGCCUGAGCAUUGGUGAGAGGUCUGUGCUGAAGCCACGUGUGAGGGCAUUUUGGGAAGAGAUGUGUGGCUGGGUGGUGCCUGCCUCACAAGCAGGAAGUCUGGACUUCUUUCUUCCUUUGGCUGCUUCUGCUGCAGGGCAGGAGCUCCUGAGCAAAUUUUCCACUUUGAGUGGAUUAAAUGUCAGAGCACCCACAGGAAUCUGCACUGGCUCCUACAAACACAUCUUGAGUGAGUGGUCAGGCCAGGGAGAAUAUCCCCCACUGCUGUACCUGGGAGAAGGGCCUUUGCUGAGCUGGUGCAGGCAGGCAGAAUGGAUGGAGCAGAUCCUGGGGACCCUGAGGAGCCAGCUUGCAUCUCAGCUUCCUUUGCUGAGCCAGGAGACCAGGGGACGCAUGCUGGGUGUGUUUCUUUGGGAUCACAUAAACUUACCGGUUAUCACUAUCAAAUCAGAAGUUAUACAAGUGCUAACAGAGGGUCUUGUGGAAGUUAUACAAGAAAUACCCGAUAAUCCACUGGAGUUCUUGGGAAACAUCCUACUGAAGAAAUGUGCUGAGGACUGCAUGAAAAAAUCUGACCUGGUGCCUGUAAAUGCAUCUUACAGGUUCCAAAGUUCUAUCCCAGAGGGUCUGUGUGAUGCAGACUGGCGCAGUUCCAUCUGCAAAGAAUUGCUGAGGAGUGAGAAGGCUCAUGUGCGCCUCCUGCAGGCUGUCCACACAGUGUAUUACACUCCACUCAGAGCAGCUCUGGACUCAAACAGAGCCAUUAUCAGCUCUGCCAAUCUUGUUCUUCUCUUUAGCCCUCUGCUGGACAUCUUGGAGACCAACAAAGUUUUCCUGCAGGACCUUACAGAGAGACUGGAAGAAUGGAGUCCUCUGCAGUGUGUGGGUGAUGUGUUUGUGAGGUUCUGCACCAAGCUGCCAGCCUACACUAAUUUUUUCAACAACUACCCCAACGCUCUCAGGACCAUAGACAAGUGCCGAGAGAUGCUUCCUGUGUUCCAGGCCUUUUUAAAAAGAUACAACAGGACUCUCACUACUAGGAUGUUAAGUCUUCAGGAGUUGUUUCUUUGUCCGUUCUCACGAGUGGAGGAGUAUGUGACUUUGCUUCAGGCUUUAAUGCUUUACACACCACCUGAACACCCUGAUCACACUCACUUAUCGUCUGCCCUCAACACACUGCUGAACUACAGGGGCUUCAUCAAUAAGUUGAAAGGAGAUUUUAAACAGGACCUGAAGUUGGUGGAAGUACAGAGAAGCAUCCAGGGCUGUCCGAAUUUACAAGAAGGAGGCCGAUACCUGAUCACAACACAGGAUGUGACAUUACUGAGCUGCCUUAAUGAAGACAUUGCUCCAUCCUUCAGGAUGUAUGAGUGUUUGAGUGAGCUGGGCCUGUUCCUGUUUAAUGAUGCACUGGUGCUGAGUGAGAGGAAGGAGUGGCAUGUGCCGUUCAGUUUGGCUGUGAACACCUCGUAUGUGUUCCUGGCCUCUGUAGCCCUUCAUAGCCUUACUGUCUCUGAGAUCACCAACACAAAGUAUGUGCAGAAUGCCUUCCGCCUGGAAAGCCCAAAGCGGCAGUGGAUCUGUUCCACAGACAGAGAGCUGGACAAGGUCAAGUGGUUGCAGGCUUUACGGAGAGCUAUACGUGCAGACAGGCACACAUAAUGCAGCUGUGGAUCAAUAAAAUUAUUCAAAGUGGGUGAUAUGUUGUGUCACACUGACAUGGAUAUAAUAGAUUUUAAUAGCUUAGAGAUUGCUUUAAUGUCUAAUGACAUAAUAAAGCUAUUUUUGUUAUUAUAUUCAGAUUCAGAUCAGUAUUAUAUGUCUCACUUUCCCAAAUUAUUAGAAGUGGAACAAGGGUUGGUUUGUCUGAAUCUUUUAAAACUUGGA